CUGACCACCAGAAGAAACAGCCGGGACAACGAAAUCCACMAUGAAACUCUUCAUGUUUUCUCUGCUCCUGCUUCCGUUUGUCGCUGUGGUGGAAACAGGCACAAUAAGAGGUGAAAGAGAGAACGUGUUGAGUUUUCUACAGGAAGCUCUGAGCGAAGCUAUUGAAAAGACUGAACCUGCGGAGAUCUCAGAACACAGAAACUCUUCAAGCAGACCCAUUAAAGUCCAAGAUUCAGAAGAUGUGUCUGAUUCAAAAUCAACAGAGAGCGUGGAAAAUGACAAAUACCAAGACCUCGACAGUGAUGAGAUCCUGCUUCCUAAAGAGGAGCCGGUCCCGUCCAGGAGGAGGGCGGUCCGAGGGGGGCAAAGCAUGCCGGUUCAAGGGGAUCUUCAAGCGAGUGACGAUCAGAGCCAUCGCAACAGCACGGGUGGAGUGAUGCAGGUGUCUGAACGAACCAAUCAGAGCCCGGCGGUAAGAGCCAACAGGAUGCUGGACAUGUAUCCGAGCAGAGAGAUGCCAGACUGGGACAGUUCGGAGGACCGAAGGUCACCUGCAGGGGACGAGAGCAAACUCACGGAUGACGACGAGAGCAGAGACGACACGAGCUCCGAGACCGACCCGCUGAAGCCCAGCAGCCUUUCUGCUCCCGCCAGGAACCGAGCUGCCUGAUGCUCUGCKGUUUUCUUCUGCAGCAUCUGUCCAAACAACUCAUAUCUCCUCUCAACGUAGAAUAAACUGUUUCCUGUUUCCUCCAUUUAUCUGCUGUAACWGUCUGUAUGAAAGUUAUUUUCAUGUUUUUCCUCUUAAUGACUCAGGAGCCAGYGUCUGUUGACUCACUGGGAGGCAGGUGGUUGCUUUUGGGGGGAUUUUCUUUAAAGCUUUAAAUACUUUUUUUGUCCUCUGAUCGUGUAAGAAGAUAUAAAUAAAGAGGUUUUGAGUGAA